GCUCACGCCUGUAUUCCUAGCACUCUGGGAGGCCAAGUGUCUCAAAACUAAAAUAAAAUAAAACAAUUGGCAAUGAGAGAAAUGGCUCAGGGUAUGUUGUAGCUUGACAUUAAAGAUGACAUCAGAUGGAGUGUGUCUCAGUGAUGACCAUAUGUCCUUUCCAUCUGAUAUCUAUUUUAGGACUUGGAUAAAUGACUUGGUCUUAAAUAUACUUUAAAGAAUUGUUCAUUCAUUAAAAAAAAAAAAAAAAAAGGAAUUGUUCAUUCAUUACUUUUAUUAAGUUUGUCUUCAAAUUAAUCAAAUGUGUUUCAAAUGGAUCCAGUGUGCAUAUGUACUGUGAAAUGAAUGAACGUAAUGGUAAAAUGAUGAUAAAAAUUUGGCCACUGACCUUUUUAGGUUAUACGGCUUUGUAUUAUUGAGUGCUAGGAUGAAAUAUGGAUGUCUUGUGUUCUUUUCUUAGAGACAUAGAAAAUUUUUCUCCCUAGUUUUAACAGAAUAUUAACAGAGGAAUGAAAUGGGAAGAAAUAACGGCUGUUUUCUAAGAGUGACUUUUCUACGGACAACUUAAAAGAAGGGGCCAGGGAGUGCAGAGUCCUAGCUGUUGCCGUUGCAGCUUGAGUCAAGAUAAGCAGAAGUGUGGGUGUGCUUCGUGUCACAUGGCAGGAGGCUUCCCCAGAAGUGGUUUGCCAGACCAGGGAGCUGUUUCAUUUUGUGGCUGUUAGAGCUGUACUUUGGAAAACACUCAGUCUCCUGCUUACUGCUUCAUUAUGGAUUAUACAGUGAGCAUGUUUUUGAACACAUUGACACCGAAGUUCUACGUGGCCCUAACUGGCACUUCCUCACUAAUAUCAGGGCUUAUUUUGAUAUUUGAAUGGUGGUAUUUCCGCAAGUACGGAACUUCAUUCAUUGAACAAGUCUCAGUGAGCCACUUGCGCCCCCUGCUGGGAGGGGUUGAUAACAACUCCUCCAACAAUUCUAACUCCAGUAACGGAGACUCAGAUUCCAACAGGCAAAGUGUCUCAGAAUGCAAAGUAUGGCGAAAUCCACUCAAUUUAUUUAGGGGUGCCGAGUAUAAUCGGUAUACUUGGGUGACAGGACGAGAACCUCUGACUUACUAUGACAUGAAUCUCUCUGCCCAGGACCACCAGACAUUCUUUACUUGUGACUCGGACCAUCUGCGGCCUGCAGAUGCAAUAAUGCAGAAAGCCUGGAGAGAGAGGAACCCCCAAGCUAGGAUUUCUGCAGCUCAUGAAGCCUUGGAGAUAAAUGAGUGUGCAACUGCUUAUAUUCUCUUGGCUGAAGAGGAAGCAACAACCAUUGCUGAAGCAGAAAAACUAUUUAAGCAGGCCCUGAAGGCUGGAGAUGGCUGUUACCGGCGUUCUCAGCAGCUACAGCACCACGGAUCCCAGUAUGAAGCCCAACAUAGACGAGACACCAAUGUUUUGGUCUACAUCAAAAGAAGGCUAGCAAUGUGUGCCAGAAGACUUGGAAGGACCAGGGAAGCAGUGAAAAUGAUGAGAGAUUUAAUGAAGGAGUUCCCCCUUCUGAGCAUGUUCAAUAUCCAUGAGAACCUUUUGGAAGCCCUUCUGGAACUGCAAGCAUAUGCUGACGUUCAAGCAGUCCUAGCAAAGUACGAUGAUAUAAGCUUACCAAAGUCGGCAACCAUAUGCUACACAGCUGCCUUGCUCAAAGCGAGAGCUGUCUCUGACAAAUUCUCUCCUGAGGCUGCAUCUCGGCGGGGGCUGAGCACAGCGGAGAUGAAUGCUGUAGAGGCCAUUCACAGAGCUGUAGAAUUCAAUCCUCAUGUGCCAAAAUACCUACUAGAAAUGAAAAGCUUAAUCCUCCCACCAGAACACAUCCUGAAGAGAGGAGACAGCGAGGCAAUCGCAUAUGCCUUCUUUCAUCUUGCGCACUGGAAGAGGGUGGAAGGGGCUUUGAAUCUUUUACACUGUACGUGGGAAGGCACUUUUCGAAUGAUCCCUUAUCCCUUGGAAAAGGGGCACCUAUUUUAUCCUUACCCAAUCUGUACAGAAACAGCAGACCGAGAGCUGCUUCCAUCUUUCCAUGAAGUCUCAGUUUACCCAAAGAAGGAGCUUCCCUUCUUUAUCCUCUUCACUGCUGGAUUGUGUUCCUUCACAGCCAUGCUGGCCCUCCUGACACAUCAGUUCCCGGAACUCAUGGGGGUCUUUGCAAAAGCUUUCCUCAGCACGUUGUUUGCCCCCUUAAACUUUGUUAUGGAGAAAGUGGAGAGUGUCCUCCCGUCCAGUCUGUGGCACCAGCUGACGCGGAUCUGAGGGAAGCCCCUUCCCCAGCUCACCUCACACAGCCGGUUGCCACGUCUCCUCUGUGCCAACUCCUUGUGGACCGCAAGAAAGCAUGACUUUGAAAAAGGGAAGCCAUUCCGGAGUAUAAAAUGUUCACGGACUGUCUGUUCCAUAUUAAAAGCUGUUUUUGUUGUACAAAAUUACUGAUGUUCAGUUCUAUUUUAUUUUGCCUUCAGAAAAGAAGAAAAAAGUAAAAAAUAAACUUUUGUGUAUUGCAGCAA